CUGCGGGGCUGCACGGCCCGGCCGGCCAUGGCCGCGCUCCUCGGCCUCGUUUUGUUCACGUAUUUCACAUGUAUAUCUACUGUCCAGACUGCUGACUGUCUGCAUUUGAGGGAGCAGUGUAUAAAUGCUGCAAAUGGAUGUGAGAGUGUCUGGAAUGUUGUUGAAGAUGCCUGCAAUAUUUCAGAAUAUUUGGAGUCUUUCUCAAGAUCAGACACUGAACUGAGUUUUAGGCAGCAUAGAAACCCCAAAGACGAAAGGCACUCAGAAGAACUGGUGAAUGAUUGCCGUAUUGCAAAACAACGCUGUCGAGAGGACCCUUCCUGCUUUGCCCUGUACAGGAGCUUCCAGAGAGCAUGCCAGGCAGAUGCAGCAAAGUGCAGGUUUCCAAUGGUCAACCAGGAGUGUUUGUCAGCAUGGAAAGAACUGAUGAAAACAGUACUGGGACAGUGCAAGUGCUCAGAGUCACUUCAGAUGAGAUGCAUUAAAAUAUGGAAGGGAAUAUUUAACAACCGUUGUUUACAAUACUCUCAAGAGAGCCAAGCUUCAGCACCCAGUGGACAUGAUGACGACAGUGAUGAUGAUGACCAUAAUGCUGAUGUUGAUGAUGAGAAGAAUCUGGUCACUGACACAGACAAUAUUAGUAUGGAAACCAAAUUACAAUGGGGUUUAUCUGCUCUCUCAAAACAAGUGUACACAACAAAUAGAACCUGUUUGGAUGUGAACAGGGAGUGCGUUGAAGAUGAAGUAUGUAACAAACAGUUGUCCCUGUACCUUAAAGUUUGCUCAGUAAAUAAGAAGUGCAACAUGGAAGAAUGUCAAGCAGCCCUAAGGUUCUUCUAUCAAAACAUGCCUUUUGAAGUUGCUCAAAUGAUGAUAUUUUGUGAUUGUAUCCAGCAUGAUGAAUCCUGCCACAGAGCCAAAGAACUUCUCCAUGGCAAGCCCUGUGCAGUUACUGCAGUUCAAGCCCCAUCGUGCCUGAAUGUAAUCCAUAUGUGUGAAGAGAAUGAAUUGUGCAGGAAAAAAUACACAUCUUUUCGGUCAAAGUGUUGGAGACACGUGACAAAAAAAUGCUAUGAUGAUGAAGCUUGUCUUGAAACUUUAAUCAAGGAUGACAUGCCCUGUUCUGCAAAUGCUGAUUGCAAAGCAGCCUACAUUAGCAACUGGGGCACAAUGCUGCACGUGGAGUGUACCUGCCAGAAUCUGCCUCCCGUGGAGCAGUCUUUGUGCAAGCUCUUCCAUCACAUGCUUCACAGCAAAUCCUGCUUCAGUGAGUUACGUCAAAUUUCCAUUCAGAAGAAUGGUUUUGGCUGGGUAAAUACAGAAAUGCCAGGGAAGAAGCCUUCUGGAGCACAGCUCCAUUCUUCUGCAAUUAGUGGUGAAACAGUCUACAUUAUUGCCUACUCCUCCUGCAUAGCUCUCAUAUUAGGAAUAGUCCUGUUGACUCUCCUCAACAUCAGAUGCACAUGGCAGUGGUAUAAAUACUGCAUCAGCAGUGGCAGUCUUUGAAGCCUACCCUUCUGAUCUCAACUCAUCUGGAAGAAAGAAAAAAAAUCAAGUCAAAAACAUUUUAGAGAGCUGAUAAAGAGCACAUAUGUGAUAGGUUUGUACACUAGGCUCCCAGAUACCAAGUACCUGAUGUAUUUGUAAGGCAGCAGUCACAGGUAGGCUGCCUGUAAUUCAAUGGUGGAGCACUUGGGGGCUUGGAGAAGAUCAGGAUUACAACCCCUUUCAGAUCUAAAAUGACUAUCUGGACUACUGCUUUGACCCCAGAAUGUUGUUGCUGGAACUGGUUUUAAUUUCUCCUCCAAUAUGCUUCUAAAAGAAAUGAGUGAGGUUUGCCACGUUUAAUACAGUAAGUUUAGAAAGCAUUUUGUGGUCUGAAUGCCCAGUGGAGAGAGCCACUUGCUUGGGGCUGAAGUGCCUGCUUCUCAAGAGAGAAGCUAUGACCCAUCUCAUUAUCUGUGUUUCCUAUUUGUUGCCUCUAGGAAAGACCCGAAGUGCCUUAUUCUCCCCUUGCACUGUACUGGGAGUCAUGGUCCCUAACACACCAUUCUGGAUCCCACUUCCUGGCUAUGGGCUCUGGACUUCUCUCUGUAGCUGAGUUGUUUGGCUAGAUUUAAGCUUCUAUUUGUUACCAGUGAGCGGUCUUUGUCAAAUCUUGGUAACAAUCUGGUUCUGGUGAGCACAGGAUAAUGCACUGGCAUUUCUUAUUCCACUGUUAUCAAUGAGUAGCACAUGUAUUGUCUUGUUAUAAUAGCAUCUGAUUAAUUAAUUUUAUUUUGAAUGUGAUUAAUUUUAAUUUUGUUUGAAUUAUCACUAAAUGUAAUUCAGCUCCAGUUUUGACUAUGACAGAUGACUGAUCUAGGGCUAGAAAUUUAUGUGAUCAGAAAAGCAGGGAUCUCUACUCUUCAAUGCGACUUUUGGUUCUUACUUUGGUAGCUUGUGAAAUGAUUAGUGUGAGAGCAAAAUCUUAAGUGUGCAGUUCUGCUGGGGAGAGGUUUAGAAAUUUUUGACAAUUAUUAAAAUAUGCAUUUUCCCUGUCUUUAUCAUCUGCAUAAACCAAAAAAACUUGUUCUUGUUUUGCAGUCAAAUGUUUUGUCAUUACUAAAUCAGCAUUUGGACAAAAAUACAGAAACAGAAAAAUGCAGUUAUUUUGUUAAUUAAAAAGAUCUCCUUUGGCAGUCCAGCAAUUUGCAGCACUUAGCUUACCUCCCACCAUAUAGGUAUUUUAAAGUGGUAUAUUCAUAUUCUUCAUCUUAAAACUGUGAAGUAGAAAUCUGAAAAUACUGUUGAGAAUAUGUUCUCAUCAGUGUUGGGUAAAAACAUUUCUUUAUGUAGGAAAUGUACUUAUGACAUGAACCUUGUGCUGGUUUUCAGUCUGACUUCAAAAAACAGUGAUGCAAUGCUGAAGCCUCCAUGUCACAAAAUUUGAAGAGAGCCAUUUAAAUACAGAUUUAACUAAACUUUAGUCAACCACAAAAAAAUCUCGUUCUUAGAAGCUUUUUGUUUUCUAAUUAUCUUAUAUUUAGACACUAGAAUUCCAACUCAUAUAUAUGCUUAGACACACUGACACUCACAAACAAAUAUGUAGAACAUAUUUCAAACAGAGGGUAAGUAUGUGAGUUACUCUGAAAGACAGCAAAAUAUUUAGUGGCUAUUGUGUUGCUUCUGUGAUUUUACAGGCUCUCUUCAUUAGAGAUGAAUUACAUGCUUAAUGGAAAAAGUACAUUUCCUCCAUUAUGCAUGCAAAAAGUAUUAUUGUGAUUCAUAUUUCGUAGUGAUACUGCAUUCUGUGAAUUGUAUCUAGGUGUUAGUUAUUAAAUAAAGGAAUUUCUGCUGGGAUGAUAUGUAUUCAGGUGAUCAUGAUUAAACUCUGCUUCAUGAACAGUUUUGUGAUCAUAGAAUCAUAGAAUUGUUUAGUUUGGAAAAGACCUUUAAGAUCUUUGAAUCCAAUCAUGAUGGAAGAAAAAGAAGUAUUUUUGUAAGAGCUUCAUCAUUUAAAAUGUUUCCCCUGAAAUAUAACAUCUUCCCAAAUGAGGAAAAUUAAGUCUCAUUGAUGACUUGGAAUUCCCAGGACACAGGGUCAUUUUGGGUAAGGAUGUGGCAUUUAUCCCCUUUCCGUUGGAGCUAGGACUUUGCAAAGUGAAGACAUGAAGAUUGAUAGGGCUAGAGGAAGAGAGCAUAAAUUUUUGCCUUACAGCA